GGGACUAGCUGCGGCAACCAUGGUGAGCAACAGAUGUGCCAUGUGUCUGCUGUGCCUCGCGUCCCUCGUGGCACUAUCUACGCAAGACAUCUACGCCAACCAUCGCAAAAGAGCAGAGCUCCUGCAAGAAACAUUCUUGCCGGAUCAUCACUUCACAAAUCGCGACGUCAGGCAAAGCAAGUUCUGGAGUGGGAGUCGCUACGGUCGAGGGGGUCACGAUAUGCCUCAGCCGAGACUGGAGGUAGAACCACGCGGAGAUCGUUUCUUCAUGGGCAGUCGCUACGGAAAACGCAGUACCUGGGCUGAGACAGAAGAUGGAUUGGUACCAGAAAAAGUCACUUGCCUCUACACUGGCAUAGUCAAUUUCUUCCGCUGCACUAAAUUUAACAGCAAAAUUACAAGAGAAGAUUCAGAAGAGGAUGAUGUCAAAUAAGUCCCCCUUUCUCACCCCCCAGCUCUUGCAUUCUCUCCUAAAGACAGUGAAACCAUCAAGUGAGAAUGUGUAUUAAGUUGUUUUUAUCAUUAAAAGUAAAAAAUGUUGUUUAUUUUCACAAUUAAUCAAUUGUUAAAUAUGUAUUAUAUUUAUAAAAAAUUAUCUUACUUGCUCAUUAUGAAUAAAAUAGUGGAAAUUAAGCACUCCGUUCAAUGAAACCUUUGGUAAAGUAAUAAUGAGGGAAGAGAUAUAUGGUACUUCAAAUAAAUCAAUACCAAUCACCUGUGUUAUAGUCCAUUACAUUCAUAAUCUAGUCUGACAACUUGGGGAAUUUAUUAGAGGUAUAUCUAAACAUAUCAAUCUCAAGAGAUAUAGAAAAGGUCAGCCUGUUAAGCGGAUGGACAGUCAUCAAGAUAUGAAAAUGGCUAACUGGAACAUUCAUUUAUAAAUCCAUCCAUGAUAAAAUAUUUAUUAUUAUCAAAAAUCAAUUAUUCAAUAAUUAAUUGGUUGAAACUGAUUGAAAUCUUCAGUGGUUUUGAGGAUUUUGUAACAGAGAACAUAUUAGCUGUUUCAAACCAGAACUUUAUUAGAGAAUUUGACCCUGUCUUAUUUAUAUUAGGUAGCUUAUAAUUAUGUUUGUAUUAACACCCUAAAGAUGAAAUAAGUGGCA